AUGAAUUCCAGUGACACGACAAUGUCCCCAAACACCUUCCGGCGUCUGCUAGCAGCUCACGGAAGGACUACAACGCCCGGAGUCUUCGAGGCCUCAGUUACCUACAACCCAGAUGACAUCAUGAAGGAGUUGAUAGACAAGAAACAUUUUGAGGUCAGAAUGAAGGACAAAGGUGAAGGCAGCGAUACAGACAACCAGAAAAAGAAGUCAAUAAUCACCGACACGGAGCAUCAGGAAACAAAGUAUGUUGUCGACAAUGCCUGGCUACCCAAGCGAGCUUUGAUCAACCCACCCCUAUCAAAAACAAAGAAUUCAAAACCUGAAGUAACCGGUAGCUAUUCUUUUUACACCCGCCCGUUCAAAGUGCACGGAAAAGACGCCUGGGAGUUUGCCAUGCGAGGUCUCGGUAGCGUAGACACACUGCUCAAUCGCUACGGGUAUGUAGAGCCCAUGUGGCGGGGUGAAACACACCCAGCACCUCUCAAUCCUAUGGAAGGGGGUGCAGUGAAAACCCAAACCAAAUCUGCCAAGGAUUAA